GACUGUUUCUCGUUCGCCAGACUUCUCGUCUUCUCUGUUGUUCUUUCUGUUUUCUCGACUGGGUCUGUAGCUUAUUGCGAGGUUUGAAGCUCUUUAUCAAGGAAGGAGACGAAGCUGAAAGGAAGAGAAGGAACAGAUUUCAGAUUCUGUAAGUAACGAAGCUGUUAGAACAUAUAUACAAUGCUGGAUAAGAGAUGGGUUCAUCUCUGCAGAGUGGAUCCUGCUUACGAAAGUGGAGCUUGGAAGUUUGUUCGAGCGGUGAGUGAUGCUUUAGGAGACGGUGACAUGAUAGUAUGUCCUUGCAUUGACUGUCGAAAUGUAGACCGUCAUUCGGAGAGUGUUGUCGUUGAUCACUUAGUAACAAGAGGAAUGGAUGAGGCAUACAAACUGCGGGCGGAUUGGUAUCAUCAUGGAGAGGUGAACUCAAGGACUGAAUUUGAGAAAAGGGGAGAUGCUGAAGUAGGUGAAAACUCAGCUCCAAGAAGUGUGAAUAAAAGAGGACAUCCAAAUUGUAACCUUAUUGAUUGGGAUGGUACUGAUGAUGUUGUUGGCGAAGGAAGACUUUUAUCUUCUGAUUCUGAAGACUUAGUUAAUGGCGUACGCUUAGGGCCUUACUGUGUUAAAGUCUUGGUGGAAACUGCCAGAGUACCAGAUGCUUUCCUUUUCAGACCUGCACCUAACAUGUUUAGUAUGGACCAAGCUGUUGGAGAAUUGAUUGCAUGGCCUGCCAGUAAUUGUGUUGUUACAGAUGUGGAUGUUGACCAAGAAGAUAUUGUCCCUAAGAGCCCAAGCACAAAUUCUGCUAAUAAGUGUAAACUAAUGGAUUGGAAUGGAGACGAAAAAGUUCUUGUUGCUGAAGGGCGGUGGCAGACACAAGAACGCAAAGCAUUGGUUAAUGGACUUCCUCUCGGGCCAAAUGCUGUAAAAGUAUUUGUGGAUGUGGUACACCGACCGGAGACCUUUCUGUGGAGGCCUACUGCAGAAUUGCAAACCAUUGAGGACUGUUUGAAGUCAUUUGUAGCAUGGCCUGCUAGAAGAGUUGUUUUUGGAACAACAUCAGAGGGAGAUGCAACGACGUCACGAUCUCCGGUUGCAACUCCACAGAGGGAAACAGUCUCAUCUCAGCUUGAGAAAUCUGCAACAACUCCAUCACCUCCUGUGAAAAAAGCUAAAAGUGCUUCAGAAUCACCUGUCGUUAGGAGAUCUCCGCGUAAGAAGGCAAACCAAGUUUCAAUGGAAAAUCAGAGGUGUAAGUUGAUGGCUAUAACUGGGAAGAAGCAGGUCGUUGCCGAAGGUCGCUGGUCUUCAAACAAUCCGGACCAAGUUGUCCACUUUGUUCCCUUGGGGCCAAAAGGAGUACGAGUUUGGGUCGAUGUUGUCAAAGUUAAAGAUGCAGCUGUUUGGAGACCUGAUGAUGAAAUCGAGGUUAUGGAAGAUGCAAUAGGUUCAUCUAUUGCAUGGCCAGAGGACAAAGUGGUUCUCUUUUGAACUUUGAACCUUUUGGUUGUUGUUGUGAUAUUUGGUAUUAAAACUUUGUUUGAACG